AAUGAUAUAUUAAUCUGUCUUAGCUGCAAGAAGAUCCAAAUAACUGUCUCCGCUGUGUUGAACUUCUUUUUGCUCUAUGCCGCCUUCGUCCAAAACCAAGCAAUUUCUCUCCAUCAUAGAGAUGAAGAUUAUUAAUUCAGAGCAGCAGACUGAUGAUGAUGAAGAAGAACAAGAAGAAGAUGAUACUAGAAGAAGAAGAUUAAUGAUGCAAGAGGCUAAUUCCAUUUCUAUCCCAAACCAAUUUUCAAAUCAAAACCCUUAUCUUCAUCCUUCUUAUUAUUCCAAUCCGCCUAGACAAUAUACAAAUUACGGUCCUUCUCCAAUAAUUCCCAGAAAUUUUCCUGUUCCAUCUUUCUAUCAAGAACCACUUAUUAACUACAACAGAUCAUACCCAUGUAAUAAUAAUCAAUUCAACAACACGAUUCGUUCAAAUACAGUAACUCCCCAUCGAUAUCACAAUGCUGCUAACUGGAAUUAUCAUCAGCAACCUUAUAAUGUCUAUCCAGCAGUGCAAAAAUUCAGGAAACCAUUUCGUGGGCAUAGAGGAACAAGAUACUUUCAUCCAUUUCAUACAAGGACCCGAAAUCAUGUGAGGCAAUUUGGUUCACAAAGUAACAACAAUAAUCCAUUAAUGAUUCUUCCUUCUACAUGUCAGCAGCUACGUGGUUCUGGAAACUGCAAUCCAACUAGUUCUAGACCGAACCAAAAUAGUGGUUAUGCAAUUGACCCAUCUGGAUGUAUGCAGUUCGACUCACUAACUAUUAGCAAUAAUGAAUUACUUGAUUUUGAAUUCGAUGAGAAUUCACUUGAAAUUGGACAAAAAUGCAAAAUAUGCAAAGAAGAUCUCUCAGUUGGUGAUCCUGAUCAUCUGUAUAACCUUCCAGAGACAACAGUUCUACCAUGUCAACAUGCAUUUCAUAUGAGAUGUUUGCAAUUUCAUACUCAUCCUGCAGCAGAUUUAAUUCAACCUCCUUGUCCUUUCUGCCCCAAGACUUGUCAUGGAAUUCAAACAGAUUAGGUUUAAUCGAAUUUUACUAUAAGGAAUUCAUUUUGUUGUUAUUUUUGGCCUAAAUGAUCUGUUUUAUUGAAACAUUUGAUCAUGAACAAUUAUAGUUUUGUUUUAUGGAGAUUAUUUGUG